GCGGAGCAGAAGAUACAGCGAAAGCGGCAGGUUCAAGAGCUCUUCAUGGAGGUGGCCACCCAAGCGCCUAAAGCAUUAGGGGAUGUGUCAUAUCCCUUUCAGGAACUUGUCUUGGAGGGGAUCUCCCAGGAGGACCCAUCUCAAGUCCCACCAUCAGAAAAUGGAACAAUGAUGAUACCGGUGGAAACAUCUCCUCUUUGUGGUGGAGCAGAAAUAGCAGUUGUACUUCCAACUCAGGUUCUCGUGCCCUUUGAAGAUGUAACUGUGUUUUUCUCUGAGGAGGAGUGGGCUCUGCUGGAUUUUGACCAAAAAUCCCUGUACAGAGAAGUCAUGCUGGAAAAUGCUAAGAAUGUGGACUCUGUGGAACCAGGUGUGAAAUCUUUGCAAAGAACUGAAACUGGAGAAGGGAUAUUGGACAAUCACGGGGAGCCAAAGGUGCCUGAGGAAAACCAGUUGAACAAUAGGAUGGAGAAAUUCUCUAUUUUUCAGUAUGGAGAAAACCACACCUUCCAUACCCAACUUCACAGAGAAAAAGGAAGCAGUUUAGAGGGUGGAAAAAUGUUGAGCAGUAAAUCAGGUGAAUAUGAAUAUAGCAGAACCCACACUACAGAGAAGCCGCUUCACUACAAGGAAUAUGGAAAAAAUAGUGAUUUGAAUCUCUGUCUUAAUUUACAUCAAAGCAUUGAGAUAGAAAAAGUAUAUAAAAGUCCAGAGUAUAGGAAAAGUUUUAAUGAGAGCCGUACUUUUAAUACCCAUAAAAGAAUCCAUAGAGUGGAGAAGUCAUAUAAAUGCACAGAAUGCAGAAAGAGUUUCUAUACAAGCAAUGAUCUUACUUUGCAUAAAGAGACCCACACAGGAAGGAAACCAUAUAAAUGCAUGGAGUGCGGAAAGAGCUUUAUUCAAAAUAGUCAACUUACCCCCCAUAAAAGGGUCCACACAGGGGAGAAGCCAUAUGAAUGCAUGGAGUGUGGAAAGAGCUUUACUAAUAGCAGUCAGCUUACGACCCAUCAAAGGAUCCACACAGGGGAGAAACCAUAUCAAUGCACAGUGUGUGGAAAGAGCUUCAGCACAAGUGGUUCCCUUACUUCCCAUAAGAGGAUCCACACAGGGGAGAAACCAUAUAAGUGCAUGGAAUGUGGAAAGAGUUUCAGUAAGAGCAGUAACCUUACUUCCCAUAAAAGGAUCCACUCAGGGGAGAAACCUUAUCAAUGCAUGGAGUGUGGAAAAAGCUUCAGAAUGAGCAGUAAUCUUAUUUCCCAUCAAAGAAUCCACACGGGGGAGAAACCAUAUCAAUGCAUGGAGUGCACAAAGAGUUUCAGAAACAUGAGUUCCUUUACUUUCCAUAAAAGGUUCCAUACAGGAGAGAAACCAUAUAAAUGUAUGGAUUGUGGAAAGAGCUACACCACGAGUGGUUCCCUUACUUCCCAUAAAAGGAACCACACAGGGGAGAAACCAUAUAAGUGCAUGGAAUGUGGAAGGAGUUUCAGUCAGAGCACUUCCCUUACUUCCCAUGAAAGGAUCCAUACAGGGAUGAAACCAUAUCAAUGCACGGAGUGUGGAAAGAGAUUCAGUACAAGCAGCCAUCUCAUUUCCCAUAAAAGGAUCCACACAGGGGAGAAACCAUUUAAAUGCAUGGCGUGUGGAAAGAGCUUUACAAUGAGAUGUGGUCUUACUUCCCAUGAAAGGAUCCACACAGGGGAGAAACCAUAUAAAUGCAUAGAGUGUGGAAAGAGCUUUAGAAGUAGGAGUGAUCUUAUUUCCCAUAAAAGGAUCCACACGGGGCAGAAACCAUAUCAAUGUAUGGUAUGUGGAAAAAGCUUCAGUUGCAGCAGUAACCUUACUUCUCAUAAAAGGAUCCACACAGGGGAGAAACCAUAUAAGUGCAUGGAAUGUGGGAAGAGUUUCAGCCGGAGCGACUCCCUUACUUCCCAUGAAAGGAUCCAUACAGGGAUGAAACCAUAUCAAUGCAUCGAGUGUGGAAAGAGAUUCAGUACAAGCAGUGAACUCAUUUCCCAUACUCAUAAAAGGUUCCACACAGGGGAGAAGCCAUAUAAAUGCAUGGAUUGUGGAAAGAGCUUUACUAAUAGCAGUCAACUUACCACCCAUAAAAGGAUUCACACAGGGGAGAAACCAUAUCAGUGCACAGAGUGUGGAAAGAGCUUCACCACCAGUGGUUCCCUUACUACUCAUAAAAGGAUCCACACAGGGGAGAAACCAUAUAAGUGCAUGGAAUGUGGGAAGAGUUUCAGCCAGAGCGCUUCCCUUAGUUCCCAUGAAAGGAUCCAUACAGGGAUGAAACCAUAUCAGUGCAUGGACUGUGGAGUGAACUUCAGUCAAAGCAGUCAUCUUAGUUCCCAUAAGAGGAUCCACUCAGGGGAAAAACUUUAUAAAUGCACAGUCUGUGAAAAGAGCUUUUACACGAGCAGUUCCCUUAUUUCACAUAAGAGGAUCCACUCUGUGGAGAAGCCAUAUCAAUGCACAGACUGUGGAAAGAGUUUUAAUACAAGCAGUUCCCUGACUUCACAUAGGAGGAUCCACACAGGAGAGAAACCAUAUCAGUGCAAAGACUGUGGAAAGAGUUUCAGUCACAAUGCUUCCCUCUCUUUUCAUAAAAGGAUCCACACAAGGGAGAACCCACUUGCCAGCAUGUAAUGUAGAAGGAGCUUCAUUCAGGAUAGUUAAUUUCUCAUAAAAGGAGCUACAUGGGGAGACACUAUGUACGUGUGGAAAGAAGUUAUUUCAUUUCUGAUCAGCAUGCCAAAUUGGAAAGGGAGUGGAUUAUGAUUAGUGAAAAUGUGUUAGAAUGAAGGAAGGGGAAGAGAAGGGAUAAGAUGGAUGGGCCAAAUAAAGGAGAUUACAGGUAAGCUUUUGAAGAGUGUCCAAGUUACUACAAGACAGAGAUCUUGUCUGUGUAGUAGGUGGAGUAUAGCUAGACUUUAUGGCAUUUAGCUAAGCAUGCCUCAAACAUAAUCCCAUCUGCAGCGAGAUAUUAGGGAUACCAAGAUUUUUAUUAAACCAUUACCUGAAUGGAAGUUGAGUUUUUUUCCCUUCCUAAUCAUUACCUGUGAGUUGGGUUGGGGAUACUGGCUUUCAGUUUGGGAACAGACAUCUGUGCUGAAUAUGACUGGGCAAGAGGUAUAAAUGGCUACAGACAGGUGCGAAUGCAUUUGAGCAUUAGCCAGCGCUUAAUCGUAAUCCUAACUCUGGGAUUGGAGGAUUGUCGUUUAUCCCUGCUUGUCUGCAGAAACAGUUUCUCUAAAGCGGAUUUCUGCCUCUCUUCUUUCUUCCUUAAUCUGCUUACCUCUUCUUGUGGUCAUAUGCCCCCAGUUCUAUUCUUCUCUAUGUUCCCCACCCCCCCAUUUCCAGCAAAAUUACACCUUCCCUGAUUUCUCAUAUGUAUUUAUUGAGAGGGCAGUAACAAUCCAUAAUUGGCUACAUAAUUGGAGACUACGUAAUUAGAGGCUACUUUAGGCCACCACUUAAUCUCAGAAACCACUGGGAGAAAAUGCAAUGGCUGCUAGUUUUCUUGAUAAGCCAUGAGUUGGCCAAGCCUGUAGAUGAUACUGAAAUACUCAAGGUAGUGAAAACAAAAGUGAUUGUGAGAAAUUUGAGAAGAAUCUCUUGAAAGAGAAUGAAAAGUCACCUUAGUGGUCAGUGCAGUUCCCUUGAAGAACACUGAAAGUGACAUGUACUGGGGCAUAAUUUCCUACCUUGACAUCUACAUUGUUGAGGCCUGAGCUGUACUUAGGCAGGGGAAAGAUCUUGGGUGAUAAUGGAGACCUCAGUGAAGCCACUGACUAUGUGGCAGUUGAGAAAAAAAAUCCCAUGUUAGGGAUCAGUAGGAAAGGAAUGGAAGUAAAACCAUUAUUCCUUUCUACAGUAUAUUUGCAUCUUGAAUAUUGUGUAUAGUUCUGGUUAUCCCAUUUGAAAAAGGAUAUAAAAGAGAUAGACAAAGUUCAAAAGCAGCCAUUCAAAUGAUCAGGGUCUUGGAUAUGUUUAUUUGUGUUUGGCACUCUUAAACAAAAA